AGCCUAGAAGAAGAACAGUUAUUAAAAACAAAGGGUCUAGGUGCUGCUAUACACAUAAGUAACUUUUUAUUAGAAACUAUUAAACAACUUAAAGAUAGAUGUGUAGGUGUAUUUGCCUUCAACAAUACCACAUCCUAUAAAGCAUUUUCUGAGAAUACUCUUGUGGCUUUGAAAAUGAAUCUUGGUCUGGGUGAUUUAACUUCAAAAAU